AUGAUGUGGGCGGCGUCGGCGCGGCCGAAGAUGGGCCACCGGGCGACGAGCGACGUGGUGGUGCGGCUGCGGACGCCGGAGGGGCGGGACGAGUGGCUCUACUGCCACGCCGCCGUGCUCGCCGCCGGGAGCGGCUACUUCGCCGACCGCCUCUCCGACGCCUGGCCGACCUGCCAGAUCCUCGACUCCCGCUACUGCGUCGAGGUCCGCUGCCCGGACCUGGACCUCAGCUCCCACGUCAACGCGCUCCGCCUCCUCUACGCCGCCGAGCCCGUCUCCCGCUUCGGCGUCCGCGGCGCGCUCGGCGUGCUCCGGGCCGCCGCGCACCUCGGCUGCCCCCGGAUCGCCGCCGCCUGCGCCGACUACCUGGAGUCCGCGCCCUGGGACGAGGCCGACGAGGAGGAGGUCCUCGCUGCCGUCCCGUGCCUCCCCGGUGGCGCGCAGUACGACCGCGUCCUCGCGCGCCUCCGCCCCGCCGAUCCGGCGCCGGCCACCGCCAUCUUCCUCUCGGCGUUCCGCCACGCCACGGCCGCGCCGUCGGCGGCGUCGCGGGAGCUCAAGUCCGCCGCGCAGGAGCAGCUCGAGUACAUGCUCACCGAGGACGACGACGCGCCCUUGCUCGCCUUCGACGACACCGACGCCGGCAACUCCGUGAAGUCUCAGGUGAAGGACUGCGUCGCGGGCUUACUGAGCAGGUUCAGCGAUUUCACCAGCUAUGCGCUGUCGAAGAAGAUGGAACCGCCUUGCUGCUCCGGCGAGAGCGAGCUUCAGCAGGAGCUGUAUUCGUUCGUGUCAGAUAUCUCCUGGGUCUGCCAGGUCCUGGGCAAGCUGGAGAUGAUGAAAUGCAUUGCAGCCUACUGGGUCGGAGCAUCGCCUGAUGUUGUCAUGGCUGUCGAGGCAUCGUGCCCGGGUUCUUUAUGUCUGAAGACCAGGGUGAAGGUUAUAGAGAUAUCUGCAAAGGUCUUGGAGGCGGUCGCGUUCGGCAAUGUGGUCCUCCCAGCAGAGAAACGGUGUCUUGCGGUGAAAGUUUGGAUCUGGUUUGCAGGGAUAACAAAGCAUUUGGUCGAUCGAGCCAACCGUGGUGACGACAGCGAAAGUCAUAAUGCAAAGAUCGGCUUGGACAGCGAGGUCUGGCAGGGGUUAGAGUCUGCGAUUACCGCAAUUGUGAUGACUCUGCCUUCGAACACACAGGCUGAGAUUCUGUCAGGGUGGCUUCAGUCGGAGCAUGCCGCGUUCCUGGACCUGACGGAGGCGUUCGAUGCCUGGUGUUAUAGAUCGAAGGUUGCUAGAAGAAGGCUGUCUUUCUUGAACAACAUCAAUCCGACACCUUGAGCCCGGGUCUGCAGCCAAAAUCAUCUGGAGGGUUUACAGCACUAAGCAUCUGCCUUUUUUUUUUUUACCAAAACCAAUGAACAUGGUAUUCUAUUGCUUUGCCAUAUGGUCACAUUGUUGUUCGUUGUCAAAAUUGCUUCAGGACCUCCCUAUGAACUGCAGGGUUGAUGAAAUUUUUUGGACAUGCCAUGGCUGAUGAAAUGAGCAACCUCACCAAUGCCUUUCCUUAUAUUUACACAUGUGGCACAGUAGCAGUACAUGCUACCAAGAAGUGCUGUGACAUUUGAUCUUCUUGUCAAACUCUAGUGUAUCAUCACUCGCAAUGUCAUCUUGAGGUUAUCUGCGAAACUGGGGCUGACACUGAACUUACCCAGAUGACUGAAGAGAACAGCUCAUAUUUGAGAGUUAUCUGAAUAUCUGAUCAAGAAGUCUAGUGUAUCUGUUUAUUCAUUCCUUAUUUAUCAAGCAUUUUGGAUCAGGAGACAUCUGCCCGGUCUUUUUCGGUGCCUAACCAGGUGUAAUGGACAGCGGCGGUGCUUUUCAGAGACGGAGGUCUUGGUCGGGAAACGUGGUGCUCCUGCGUGAGAUCAAACUUCGUGCGGCCCGGAUUGGCAUGGAUGUUUUUCCAACCGGGCUAGUCCAGUUUCCAUUAAUUGGCAAACAGAGAAAGGAAGUCCACUACAAAAGAAACUGAGAGCAUACCCUCUGCGAGGUCAAAAACAAUAUCAGCACUACAGCAACACAGCUAAAGUAGCAAAAGAUAAGCUAACAAGUUUGAAACGAGCUAAACAACCAUCAGCAGGGAACGGCUAAGAACUUUAUCAGACUCCUAGAUUGAAGACGCUGUGUCUCCAGCAGCAGCAGCAGCAGCAGCAGCCUUCUGCAUCAACAGCAUUGCUCCUUGCCGCAGAAUCUUCUUGUCCUCCUUGUGUAAGCCUGCCCAGUACAAGUGAGGCUAAGCCUGUUUUCCACAUGUACUUGCUCGUGUGAUCUGGAGCACUGUUGGCUCUAUCUUGGGCACUUCUCUUUGCCUCAAUUCUCCGUGGCAAGCUGCUGCUUGGUUCUACUCUCUUCUUCCUGGUGGUGACGGUUUUCAUAUGAUGUGUUGCGGAUGGUUGAAAAGGAGACCAAUUGGUUGGAGGCGGCGGAGCAUGUGCGUUUUCGCCCACUUAACCUGAAUAUGAAAAAAGGUGCAAAUGUCAUGUUACUUGAUUAGUUGGAAACUCCAAUUGUUCAAUCAGCGAUCCAAAUCGGUCCCCAAUUCUCUUCAGAAAGAUUGUCGACACUGCUUCAGAUUGGUGGUGCUGCUGGGAAGGUGCAGGUGCAUGACUUUAGGCCGCGGAGCAUGUGUGUUUUCGCCCACUUUACCUGACUCCUGUGAAUAUGAAAUAGUAAGGUGUAAAUGUAAUGUUUCUUGCUUGGAGCCUGUUAGACUUGUGAUGUUCCAAAUUUGGUUCUGGUCUCAAUGGUUUAGCAGUUGGGAUUUGGGAACCUGUCCAUCCUUGCAGCUACAUUGAUGAUCGAUGUGACGUCGGCAAGUAAAAAGUGAAAACAUUGUUGUUCUCUAGCCAGGCCUUCCUGUAGUGGCAUCUCUUCUUCAUUAUGCCUACUUAUGCCACUCUUAGUAAUUAUGUAGUGAACCCUAUUUUCUUCUGGCUGUUGUCAGUGCUGCUUCAUUGCGAUCGUUGUGUA